AUAUCAAUUACGUUUGUGUCUUUUAAGCCCCCUCUGCUCCAAUUAAUGUCAAUGGCACCUUGAUACCUGCACAAGGUUCCUUUGAACCACGAGUUGUUAUCACGUGGGAUAGACCAAGUGAACCUAAUGGCAUCAUCAGGAAGUACACCAUCGUAUACUACUACAACAAGGAUACAUCCAAUAGCAAGACAGUCACCAUCAGUGGAUCAGCUAAUCUCACCUACAGUAUCGAUGUUACAACCAGUGGAGUGCUAUCAUUUAAGAUCAGAGCAACUACAAUCAAGGAAGGACCUUAUCAAAUGGGAAACAAUAUAGAAGUACCUUCCGAUCGUAAAGGAAUAUCCCAAAAGAAUACCCAAGGUGGAACUGCCGCAAGUAGCUUGGCAGCAGGACUAGUUGUAGGAAUUAUUCUCAUAAUCUUGUUCCUCGUCUUCCUAUUCUUAAUUUGGAAACGCAAGCGUACCCACCACGGAAACUAUGUGGCUGCAGAGCCAUUACCCCUGGAAGUGGCCAUGGUGGAUGAUUCAUCUUCUUCAGCAACUGGCAACUCCAAUUUCCUACAGGAAACAGCCCCAGAAAUAG